AUGGCGGAAGGAUGGACGUCCUUGACACCUCAGUCCGUGAACUUAGCCAACGUACAAACACAUUGGAGCAGGACCAACUACAGAUGCGGCAAGAUGUGGAACGGAUUCAAUCACAAUUGGCAAUGGCGGAAGCUACUCUACCUGCCUUCGACAUGGCAGCUCUGGCAGUUUGGGAUCGACCACCAGAUCCACACCUUUACACUAUUGGCGCACCAUCGGCUAUACAACCCGCAGAAAUCAAGCGAGCUCUUGAACCGUGGAUCAAUGCAGCAGGUUGGAGACAGCGCCAACGCACCCACCAAGCUCAGGUGGAACAUCGCAGUCGCCCACCAGAUGGGUAUCGACAAGGCUACCAUCACAGAUCAGUUCCAGCAGCUCUUCCAGGCCACAGAUACGACGCGGUGGUCUAUUUAA